AUGAACACCAGGGGGGCUUCACUGAAAGGUUUGUUGCUGGCAGCCCUUCUGGUGUCCCACAUGCUUCUGACAAAGGAAGGAGUGACCUCUAUGCCAAUCUGCCCCAAUGGAUCUGUCAAUUGCCAGCUUUCCCUUGAAGAGCUUUUUGAGCGAGCCGUUAAACUUUCACACUACAUUCACUAUCUCUCUUCGGAAAUGUUCAAUGAAUUUGAUGAACGCUAUGCCCAGGGCCGGGGUUUCAUUGCAAAAGCUGUCAACAGCUGCCACACUGCGUCCUUAACCACUCCUGAAGAUAAGGAGCAGGCUCAGCAGAUUCAUCAUGAAGACCUACUGAAUUUAAUUCUGGGAGUUCUGCGCUCCUGGAAUGAUCCCCUGAUCCACUUGGCCUCUGAAGUACAAAGAAUCAAAGAAGCUCCAGAAACCAUUCUCUGGAAGGCUGUGGAGAUUGAAGAACAAAACAAGCGACUCCUAGAAGGAAUGGAGAAAAUAGUUGGGCGGGUUCACUCUGGGGAGGUCGAAAAUGAGAUUUACACUCCGUGGGAUGGACUUCCAUCCCUGCAGCUUGCUGAUGAAGACUCCAGACUCUUUGCCUUUUACAACCUGCUGCACUGCCUCCGCCGAGAUUCCCACAAAAUCGACAACUAUCUCAAGGUUUUGAAGUGCCGCCUAAUCCACGACAACAACUGUUGA